AUGGCAGCUCCAAGCGCGUUUGGAGAGCUGGGCCUCUCCAUUAUCGGCCUGAGCGCUGAAUAUCCGCCUCAUUCGUUAGAUUACACUUGCCUCAAUACUCUCGGCGACAAGUUCUAUCCUGAUACACCUGCUAUGAAGAAAGUUCUCGGAAUCAACAGAUAUACUGGAAUUGAUACACGAUCGUCUAUUGGAACACCAGACCACCCUGCUGUGAACAAGAAAGAAGCCCCGUCAAUAGCUGAGCUCCACAGCAUAUUCCAAUCUGACGGUGUCCCACUCGCAAUUAGAGCUGCUCGCAAGGCUAUCGAUGAGGCCAAGAUCGAUACGCGAUUCAUCACACACAUAGUCGCCACAACAUGUACCGACAGCGCAAACCCGGGGUUCGAUCACUUUGUCGCAAAAGGUCUGGGCAUAACUCACGGCGUCGAGAAGGUCUUGUUGCAUGGCGUGGGCUGCAGUGGAGGUCUGGCGACGCUUCGAACAGGCGCGAAUCUGGCUCUGGGACAUAAAGCACGGGGACUGCCGGCCCGAGUUCUAUGUGUAGCACUAGAAGUCAGCACCACUAUGGUGCGCAGUGAGCUAGACAGCAUCAACGAGCUGCAGGAGACAAGGAUAGGCGCAUGCCUAUUUUCUGAUUGUGGUAGUGCCGUCGUAUUGAGCAACGGCAUCGGUGAGCCUUCUGAACCUGUGUAUGAUCUGCUCGGCUGGGAUCACAGGACCAUCCCUGACACAGAGGACGAUCUGGGCUUUGACGUUGACCCAGUCGGCUGGAAGGUUAUACUGACACCUCGCGUGCCGAAGCUCACUGCUGCCUCGAUCGGUCCAGCUUUCACAGAUCUCAAAGCUUCUUUACCGCAACUGCCUCCGGACUACCAAAAAGCAGCGGAUUUCGACUGGGCCAUGCACCCCGGCGGUGCUACCAUCCUCUCUGGUGCCGAGAAAGUCAUGGACAUCACUCCAGAACAUCAGCGAGCAAGCUAUGACACUUACAUCAACCACGGGAACUCGAGUUCUGCCACAAUCUUCAGCGUCAUGGAUCGUUUGCGGUCAAAAGAGAUGAAUGCCAUGGCGCCGGAUGGCCGGGUUCGCGACUACGUUGUGGGAUGUGCUUUUGGUCCUGGUAUAACAGUUGAGAUGUGUAUGUUGAAGAGAAACAUGACUCCUAGAACGGAUAUUACCGGCCUGCAAACACCGCCGGAAACACCGGCCGAAACCGAGACGGAGCCAAGUGAGGCCGGAGACGGGGGCGAAUGGGGCACCGAGAACAGCGGGUCGCCGGCCGAACGGAACUCUGUAUCUGAGUCGCAAGAUCAGUACACCAAGUUUAUUGCUGAGUCGUUAGAGUCUCUAGAUCUGGAUUAG